AUUUAUAAUAUUAGCACCUUUCGUUUUUUCUGUUUUCAGCAUAUGCGAUUUUUCUCUGUGGGUGUGAAUGUCCCUAUUUUGUUCAAGGAAUGGAACCUCAACACCAAAACAGGCCUUUUUCUGACCUGUAUCGGGAGUAUUCUACUGGGUAUAUUGUACCAGAUCGUGAAAUGUCUCCGGCAGUACGCUCACAGACGGUACCGCGUCAAAGACAGGGGUACCAUUAAGAGCCGGGAGCAUGGUUUACAGACAAUACUGUAUUGUAUACAGAUGAUCAAUAGUUAUAUACUCAUGUUAAUUAUUAUGACAUUUAACGUCUGGGCUUUUAUAUGCACCAUUGCUGGUCUGGGCCUGGGCUAUUUCCUGUGUGGAUGGGCUUAUCCAAUAAUAGAAGAAAAAAUAGGGUCAUGUUCAGUCGAGUGCAACAAUGACAAACCCCAUCGCCAUGGUAACGAGGACACAGAGCAGGAACUGAAGUUGUUACCGAGUCCGUCCGCUGCACAGUGCGAGGAUUGUUCAUUGUGACGUCAUUACAAACAGUGCGAGGAUUGUCAUUGUGACGUCAUCACAAACAGAAACUAAGAAAGGGAGAUUGCAAAUAUUUAUUUUUACAUUAUUACAUGUGUAUCGUAACAUAUCAAGAUCUGAAUUUUCUAAUUUAUUGUAUGGUGCUUAAGUGUUUCAGAAGGUAGCAUAACCUUUCUACUUUUGUUUAUAUUUUGUUUGGUUAUUAGUUUACAUUUUUGACAUAAAUAUAAAGUUUUGUACUAUGUUAUUUUAAAUUCUUUUGUGUAGAUUUCAUAGGCGUAGGAGGCGGGGAAGGGGGAGGGGACUUGAGGCUUAGUCCCAAAUAUUUUUGUCCGAAGCCUAUGGAUAUGCUUGUUACUUUGUGAAUUGUGGUAAGGGAGAGUACAUGAGUUCGCUAUUUCUUAAUUAAAAAAGAAGCAUCUCAGGUAGGUUUUGGUUAGCAUAUGAUUCACAAUUACGUUUUUUAUCAAUUAAAAAUCAAACCAGG